AUGUCUCGCAAAAAAUGGACUUCGUUGGACAAACCGCCUCUAUCGGAACCCGUGUUAGAGGUUAUACAGGAUAUGAAAUUUGAACUAAUGACUCCCGUACAGACAGCAACAAUUCCUCUAUUAUUAGCCCGCAAAGAUGUCUCUGCUGAAGCCGUAACGGGUUCAGGAAAAACGUUGGCAUUUAUUGUACCGCUUUUGGAAAUGCUACAAAGGCGACACAAUGACACACCAUGGUCACCCAAAGAAAUUGGUGCAUUGAUUAUAUCUCCCACCCGCGAAUUAGCCAUGCAGAUAUCAGAAGUCCUAGAACGCUUUUUACAACAUGAGAAAUUAGCAUUUAUGCGACAACAAUUGAUUGUUGGUGGCAAUUCCAUUGAAGAUGAUAUCAAAUCAUUGAUUGCAAAUGGACCCAACAUAUUGGUGUGUACACCGGGUCGAUUGGAAGACUUGUUUCAGCGUAAAAGCAAUUUGAAUCUAGCGGCACGAGUUAAAAGUUUGGAAUUAUUGGUUUUGGAUGAAGCAGAUCGUUUGUUAGAUUUGGGAUUUAAGGCCACCAUUAACAAUAUACUAGCCUAUUUACCACGCCAAAGACGUACUGGACUCUUUUCGGCCACACAAACCACUGAAGUAACAGAUCUCAUUAGAGCUGGUCUCCGUAAUCCUGUUUUGGUUUCAGUUAAAGAAAAAUCGACCAUUAACACUCCAGUUCGUUUGCAAAAUUUCUACAAAAUAGUCGAAGGUGAUGAAAAAUUUAUUGAACUCUUGAAUUUCCUUAAAUCGCCACGUGCCAAAAAUAGUAAAAUAAUGAUAUUCUUUCCCACCUGUGCCUGUGUUGAAUAUUGGAGCGAUGUAAUGCCACAAUUCCUUAAAGAGCGACUCAUCCUUGGUAUUCAUGGUAAGAUGAAAAAUAAACGCAAACAGGUUAUAGAGAAGUUUCGAAAAGAGGAUAAAGCCGUGCUGCUGUGUACAGAUGUGCUCGCUCGUGGUUUAGAUGUACCCGAAAUUGAUUGGGUAAUCCAGUGGGAUCCACCAUCGAAUGCUGCAAGUUUUGUGCAUCGAGUCGGUAGGACGGCCCGUCAAGAGAAUUAUGGAAAUGCCUUAGUAUUUCUACUGCCAAAUGAAGAUGCUUAUGUGACAUUUUUAAAAAUUAAUCAAAAAGUUGAACUAACACCAUUGGAGGACGAGUCAUGUAAUAGAGACAACUUACAACCCACACUGAAUAAGCUCCAUAAAUUGCAAGCAGCAGACAAAGGUCUUUAUGAUAAAGCAGUAAGGGCGUUUGUCUCACACAUCCAGGCAUAUAGUAAACACGAGUGUAAUGCAAUUCUACGUUUAAAGGAUGUAGAUUUGGGUAAAGCUGCAACAGGCUAUGGAUUACUACAAAUGCCACGAAUGCCAGAACUUAAAACAUUGAAAUCUGACAACUUUAUUGGGCCCACUUUUGAAGUGGACAUCACAAAGUUGAAAUAUAAAAAUGCUCAAAAAGAAAUGGCACGUUUGGAGAAAGUAAAGACAUACGAAGAAACCGGACAAUGGCCGGGUAAAAAGAAGUACAAAAAAGCAACCGAAUCUUGGGAACUAACUAAAAAAGCUAAAAUGGAUGCUAAAACUAAAAAGGAGUUACGAAAGGCAAAGAAACAGCGUAAAAAGGCGGAUGAAGCAGCUAAUGGAUCAAAGGCAAAAAAACGCAAGCCACAAUAUACACAAGAGGAUCUGGACGAAUUGGCCAAUGAUUUACGUCUGUUCAAGAAACUGAAGAAAAAUAAAAUUUCCGAAGAAGAUUUUAAUAAGGAAAUGGGUUUAGAAGACGAUUGAAGAAAA